CAUGGCUCAACCCUAUGUCCCUUAAGAAAUCAAUAAAGAGGAAGAGGAAUUGAAAUGUCAUCCAUCUUAAAGUGGCUCAACUGCAACUCCUACAUUAUAUGAGAAUUAAAAUGCUACAAAAGCAUUUAGUGCAGCAUUUUUUGAAGAUCAACUACUGGAUUAAGAAGGUUUUUAUUAUUUUAAUAUAUUUUUAUAGAUGAUCUAUUUGAUGAAAUUAACUAAUAAUUAAACUAAGUAUUGAUUAAUGACUCAUACAGACCUUCUCUUAUAUCAGCAUUUUAAGCUGACAUGUAAUUUAGAAUGGUUAAUCUAUUAGGUCAUCAUACUUAAGUCAUGAGAAGUUGACAAAAAACUCUCGAAAAAUGUAAUUGGAAUAUUAAAAUGCUAAUUUAAAAGAAAAAGAAUAUGUCUUCAAUACAUUUGUAAAAGCUGAUAUAGAAAAUAUAAGUUUGGAUAAAUAUAAACAUUUCCUUCUUGAAAAAAUACUUGAAGUUGGUAAAUUAUUAUCAAAUUACUUUUAGGUCCUCCUUCACACAAAAAUAUUAUACUUGAUAGAAUAUUUCAAUCAAUUAAUAAAUUAAUAAAAGACCUCUAUGCUUGUAAAGUAAUGCAGAAGGGAUUAGAAGUGAUGGUUCAAAAUCCUUAAGAUUCUCCUUAGUAAUUUGAAAAUUAUCUUAAUUUUAUUCAUUCUGAUAAUUCUUAGAUGAGGCGAUUAUAUGUGGAUAAGAUUGCAAAUCAAAUUAUCUAAAAAAGUCUAGAAGUAUUAGAAGGGAAUCAUUUAUUCAAACUACUUUAGGUCUUGUCAAAAUAUGUAUAAUAUUAAAUAAAAUAAUAGAUUCUUAAUAACAAUAAUGAAAAAUUUGAAUUAUCAAUUGAUUAAUAUGGAUGUUUAAUUGUGAAUAAGAUUAUUGAUAUCUAUCCUAAAUAAUUUGAUAAUUAAACUAAGACUUUAUGCAAUGACAUCAUCAUUAGAGCAAUUAAUAAUAGUUCUGGAUUAACUCGAAGACAAUAUGCUAAUUAUAUCAUUUAAUCCAUUUUAGAAAAAGGUUAAGAAAUACAUAAGAGAUUAUUGAUGGAUUAGUAUUUAAUUAAGGAUUUUAUACCAAUGUCAAUGGAUAAAUAUGGAAGUAAUGUAGCAGAGAAAGGCAUAGUUUAUGGAGGGUCUUAGUGGAGAACAAGAUUAUGGGAAGAAGUAACAAUUUCAGAAAGGUAUCAGAUAUUAAUUAUGAUUAUAGUUCAUUUAAGAAAUUGGUUAAUGAUUAGUAUGCUAACUAUCCAAUUUAAAGAUUAUUUGAAUAUUUAGAAUUACCAUUAAGACAGGAAUAUUUGGCACUUUUAAAUAGAUUAAGUGAUAAUAAUUAAUUGAAUAAUCACGGUUAGAUUGUAUUAAAGUUUGCUUUGGCUAAUUAGAAUGUUAAAAAGUAUACUUAAAAGAUAGUAUUAAAUGAAAAGAAUUUAGAGAAUAAAAAUAAAUAGAAAAUAUAAAAUCAACAAUCUUAGACAAAAUCUAAUAAAAAUAACAGUAAUAAUUCUUAAAAUUAGUAAUAAUAUGA